AUCCCGUGUAAAGUCUCGCUUUUUGACGCUGUAACGCAGUAAUAACGCUAAUAAUUACAAGCUGAUUUGAUGACUGAGUUUUGCCGCAGCAGCGAAAGAGUCAAAGAUGCGUUUUUUUUUGUUUCAGACCACAGUGGGCGUGUUUUCAUCCUCUAACGGGACUGGGUGAGGGGCAGAACUGCUCUGCCACUUCUUCUGGACCCGUGUUUAGUCGGUAAAACUGCAAAAGACGGACGAACGGUCAACUAGCUAAUGUAACGGUUAAGGCAGCGGUCAGUUCGAGAAGAAGAAGUUCGCAAUGGAACGUUAGAAAUGGAACGUUAGAGUAACUUAACCGUUAAGUCCUUCAGAACGCUUCAGCUGAACACAUUGUAUCAAAUGGUAGCUUAUUAUUAUUAGUAUUAGUAUUAGUUUCUAGAGGAUAUAGCAGUAUGCAAAGCGACAAGUCAGAGCCGAGUGAAGCCAAGGGCGCCGAGGUGUCGAGCUCAGGCGACGCCGAGAAGAAGGCGCUGAGUGCGGCGGAGACUUUGGCGGAGACGCAGGGUCCCAAACCCAAACAAGGGAUCAGCGCGGUCGCGGUUCUCUGGACGUUUGGGAAAUGUCUGGGCGCCUUGCUGCCCGUGUACCUGGCCGGCUACUACCGGGUCAGCACCAGCCUGCUGGUGUUCGGGAUGAUGGUCUACACGGGAUGGAAACACGCCCGAGAAGCCAAGGAGACCAGACUGAGGUCAGCCAUGCAGCUGCUCAACAACGAGGAGGAGUACACUUCCAUGAAGGUGUCCAAAAGCAAGAGAGACCUCCCUGCGUGGGUCAGCUUUCCAGAUGUUGAGAAGGUUGAAUGGCUGAACAAGGUGCUGCAGCAGGUGUGGCCCUUUGUCGGCCAGUACCUCGAGAAGCUGCUGGUGGAAACCAUCGCUCCGUCUAUCCGAGGCUCGAGCAACCACCUCCAAACCCUCAACUUCACCAAAGUGGAUUUUGGAGACAAGGCCAUGAAGGUUGUAGGGAUCAAGGCACACACUGAGAAUGACAAAGGACAAGUCCUGUUAGAUCUGUAUAUCAGCUAUGUUGGCAACGUAGAGAUCGACGUCGAGGUGAAGAGAUACUUCUGCAAAGCUGGAGUCAAAGGAAUACAGCUACACGGGAUGAUGCGGGUGAUUCUGGAGCCUCUGAUUGGAGACGUGCCCAUAGUGGGUGCAGUCACCAUGUUUUUCAUCCAGCGGCCUAAACUAGACAUCAAUUGGACUGGAAUGACUAAUUUGUUGGACAUCCCUGGACUGAAUGUCAUGUCUGACAGCAUGAUCAUGGAUGCCAUUGCCUCCUUCUUGGUGCUGCCCAACCGCCUGGUUGUCCCCCUGGUUCCAGGCCUGCAUGUGGCCCAACUACGCUCUCCUCUGCCCAGGGGUGUGGUACGCAUCCACCUAUUGGAGGCACAGAACCUAGCUGCCAAGGACAACUACGUGAAAGGGGUCAUGGCUGGCUUGUCUGACCCUUACGCCAUACUGAGGGUCGGCCCUCAGACCUUCACCUCCAAACACGUUGACAACACACACUCUCCCAAGUGGGAAGAGAUUUACGAGGUUAUAGUCCAUGAAGUGCCAGGUCAAGAGUUGGAGGUGGAGGUAUAUGACAAAGACACAGACCAGGAUGAUUUCCUGGGCAGGGCCAAAUUGGAUUUGGGCAUUGUGAAGAAAUCCAUAGUUGUGGAUAAUUGGUUGCCGUUGAAAGAAACUACAUCAGGACGGGUUCAUUUCAGACUGGAGUGGUUGGCCUUGCUGCCUAGCACUGAUCGCCUAGAGCAGGUCCUAAAGAGGAACGAAAGUGUCACCAGCAAGACUGCUGAUCCACCUUCUUCAGCCAUCUUGGUUGUGUAUCUGGACAAGGCUGAGGCGCUUCCUAUGAAGAAGGGGAAUAAAGAGCCCAACCCCAUGGUGCAGUUGUCUGUGCAGGACAUCACUAGAGAGAGCAAGACUUGUUACACAACCAUUAAUCCACAGUGGGAGGAAGCUUUUACCUUCUUCAUCCAGGAUCCUCGCAAGCAGGACAUAGACAUUCAGGUGAAGGACGCUGACCGUGUGCAGACGUUGGGCAGUCUGACCAUCCCGUUGUCCCGCCUGCUGUCCAAUUCUAACCUUUCCCUGGACCAGUGGUUCCAGUUGGACAACUCUGGAUCUGCCAGUCGCAUCUAUAUCAACUCAGUCCUCAGGGUCCUGUGGUUGGAUGAGGACCGUAUUCAAUCUGAUGUGUCAUCUAAUUUGGAGGCUGGGAUGUCCAAACAGCUGCCCCAGCAGACCUCCGCUCAUUCUAGCUUUGCCACAGAGGGACUGCUCAGAAUUCACCUAUUGGCGGGGCAGAACCUUGUUCCCAAAGAUAACAUGAUGGGGGGCAUGGUAAAAGGCAAGAGUGACCCCUACGUCAAGAUUAACAUCGGGGGCGAAACAUUCACAAGUCAGGUUAUCAAGACUAAUCUCAACCCCACCUGGAAUGAGAUGUACGAGGUGAUUCUCACCAAUCUGCCUGGCCAGGACCUGUAUGUGGAGGUGUUUGAUAAAGACAUGGACAUGAAGGAUGAUUUCAUGGGCAGGCUGAAGAUCAGUCUGAAGGACAUCAUCGAUUCCCAGUACACUGAUCAGUGGUACACUCUCAGUGAUGUGAAGUCUGGUCGAGUUCACCUGAUACUGGAAUGGGUUCCGACGUCCUCCGAGUCAGACAGAGUGGACCAGGUCCUUCAGUUCUAUUCCAGGCAGAGCUACCAGAACAAGGCAGUCCCCUCAGCAGCCCUACUGUUUGUCUUUAUGGAGCAAGCAGAUGGCUUACCAGUUAAGAAGAGUGGCAAAGAUCCAAAAGUGGGAGCAGAGGUUACCCUUGGAGAAAUGUCCCGCAAAACUACAGUGUGUGAUCGUACCACAUCACCUCAGUGGAACGAGGCAUUCUGCUUCCUGGUUCGAGACCCCAGAAAAGAGAUUCUUGUUGCUAAGCUCUCCCACAGCUGGACAUUGCCCAUUGGUUCCCUGGUGGUUCCCAUCAGAGAGCUGCUCUCUGAACCAGAGCUGGUGCUGGACCAGUGGUUCAAUUUGGACGGAGCCUCACCUGAGAGUCAGGUUCUUCUGAGGGCUGAACUCAAGAUGCUGAUUCCCAGCAAAUGUCCGGCCGCCACUGAUAAGGCUAAGGUCACUUCAGUGUCAGACCCUUCCCCCGCUCCGCGAAAACAAGAGAUAGACACAGUGUUGAGGUCAAGCUCAGUGGACGCUCCUCCUGUGGAGACUAUAGCCUCUUCAGUGACCUCACAUGAGGAUGUUGUCGUAGAAGAAACGGCGGAAGCUGAUGCGACUGAAGAGAAGGUGGAAGAAUCACCGAGCCCCGCAGUAGCACAGCCUCCUCACACUUCCCCAGACCUCAGCUUUGCCAGUGAGGGGUUGCUGAGAAUCAUCCUGCUGGAGGCUCAGAGUCUGGUUGCCAAAGAUAACAAGAUGGGCGGUAUGGUGAAGGGCAAGAGUGACCCCUAUGCCAAGAUCAGUGUCGGAGAUGUGGCGUUUAAGAGUAAUGUGAUCAAGGAGAAUCUCAACCCGGUCUGGAAUGAGAUGUAUGAGGUGGUGCUCAGGCCUCAGUCAGGACAGGAGGUGCAACUAGAGCUGUAUGACAAAGACAUGGACUCAGAUGACUUCCUGGGCAGAUACAAAAUCAGUGUGGCAGACAUCAUCCGUUCCCAGUACACAGACCAGUGGUACACCCUGGAUGACGUGAAGUCUGGACGUGUCCGCCUGAUUCUGGAGUGGGUACCAGCAGUGUCCCAUAAUGACACCCUGGACCAGGUGAUGGAGCUGCAGUCUCUCCAGUCUUACAAGAACAAGGCCGUUCCCUCUGCAGCCCUGCUCUUUGUUUAUGUGGACAGAGCACACUCUCUGCCUUUUAAGAAAAGUGGAAAGGAGCCCAAGGCUGGGGCCGAGCUCGUUUUUGGUAAAACAACCUACAAGACCAAGGUGUGUGAUCGCUCCAGAUCACCUCAGUGGGACGAGGCGUUCCACUUCUUGGUUCGCGACCCCACAGAGGAGAUGCUCAUCAUGAAGUUGUCCAGCGCAUGGGACCAGCCAAUGGGAUCUCUUGUAGUCCCUGUGAGGGAGCUGUUCUCUGAACCACAGCUGGUCCUGGACCAGUGGAUGCCUCUGGAUGGAGCCUUACCUGAGAGUGAGAUCCUACUGAGGGCUGAACUCAAGAUCCUGAGCUCCAGGAUGACUGAAGCUCCACAGCCUUCUGCGACUGGUUCAAAGAAAGAAGAGAUAGAGGUCACUUCCACAGUCAGUGAGGAUGAAAAACGUUCAGAGCUGACAAAGGAUGAAUCGGUUGCAGUAUCCAGCCAGUUUAAACACUCUGAAGCAGGAGAUGCUGCGGCGGCCUCCGCAGAAGAUGCUGCUCCCGCUGAGCCGGCUGCCAUUCACACUGCAUCUGAUACAUUCCCUGCUGCCGCACUGGUGGAGGAGCCAACAGAGCCAGAAGAGCAUCCCCCACAGCCACACACAGCAGGUACUGGUUUAGGCAACCUUGUUCACGCCACAGUGACUGGUCUUCCCGCUGACACCCUGGGGCCAGCAGAGGUCACAGAAAUCCCCAAAGCUCGGGAGGUUCUUCCAUCACACACCUGCCCCAGCCAGGACUUUGGUGAAGAGGGGCUGCUGAGGAUUCACCUGCUGGAGGCCCAGAAUCUAAUUGCCAAGGACAACCUGAUGGGGGGCAUGGUGAAGGGCAAGAGCGACCCCUAUGUCAAGAUCAACAUCGGGGGAGUCACAUUCAAGAGUCACGUUAUCAAGGAGAAUCUGAACCCAACAUGGAAGGAAAUGUAUGAGCUGGUUUUGAAAGGGUACAGCGUCCAGGAGAUCAAGUUUGAAGCCUAUGAUAAGGAUUUAGACUCUGAUGACUUCCUUGGCAGAUUCAGUAUUAAGCUAAAUGAGGUCAUCAUAUCCCAGUACACAGAUCAGUGGUACACUCUGAAUGAUGUGAAGUCUGGGCGGGUCCACCUGAUACUGGAAUGGGUUCCUACAGUGUCACAUUCAGUCACACUUGACCAGGUGCUGCAGCUUCAAACUCUCCAGUCUUAUCAGAACAAAGCUGUCCCCGCCGCUGCUCUGCUCUUUGUCUACAUAGAGAGAGCACAUUCAUUACCUUUGAAGAAGAGCGGAAAGGAGCCCAAAGCAGGAGCUGAGCUGGUUCUGGGUGAAACAAGCUACAAAACCCUGCUGUGUGACCGCAGCACCAGCCCUCAGUGGAAUGAGUCUUACUACUUCCUGGUCCAUGACCCUAAACAUCAGAUGCUCGUAGUAAAGUUGUCCAGCGGUUGGGACCAGCCAAUGGGAUCUCUGGUGGUGACUAUGAAUGAGCUGCUAGCAGAGCCACAGCUGGUCCUGGACCAGUGGUUCCCUCUGGAUGGAGCCGCACCUGAGAGUCAGAUCCUGCUGAGGGCUGAGCUCAAGAUUCUAGAUUCCAAAAUGGUGGAUAUGAUCAGUGCAGGGACUCUGCCCUGUGUUGACACUGGCUCUGGGCAGGUGAAGCUGUCUCUUGCAUACGCCUCGCAGGAUGGACAGCUCAUCGUCAUCGUCCAUGCCUGCAGAGGUCUGUUGUCUCAGAGUAAGGACGGAGUAGACAGCUACGUCUCCCUCAUGCUGCUGCCAGACAAAAGCAAGGCCACCAAGAGGAAGACCGCAGUGAAGAAAAGAGACCUCAACCCAGAAUACAAUGAGAGGUUUGAGUAUGAUCUGUCUGUGGAAGACGCGAGAUUCAGACGCCUCAGUGUAUCCGUGAAGAAUAACUCGGCCUCGUUCAGGAGCCGUGACGUCGUUGGACAGGUGCAGAUCGACUUGGCCCAGGUUGACCUGAUUUCUGGUGUCACAGAAUGGUUCACCCUAAGAGAUGAAGCUGAAUAGUCGCUCUGCACGCUGAUGUCGUAGUACAAUGAUGAUGAUGAUGAUGUCACUACUCAACCUGGCGUUGUGCCACUGCUGCAGCUCACACUGAUGCCUUCUCCUCCCCACCUCUGCAUACCGUACCACCGUGGCAGCCUUACCUGCAUCCACCCAGCUCUCUGUGUAUUAACAUAGCAGUAUAGAAUCAGACUGCACUGUAUAUUCACACACAUCAAUACUCACCAAAGAUAAGUAGGCUGAGGUAGCUGAGUUGACAAGGAUGAAGUGAAAGUCCGUAUUGACUGAAGGUUACUUUACUAUAUGAAGAGAUUUAAGAUUGAGUGGAGGAAGUGAAAGAUGAACCGGUCCAGAAAGAAUGAAGUCAUAUUUUAUUGUUUUGUUUGCUUUUGUUUGCUGCAAGAAUGUUUUAAAUCUGAAUAUCUAAUUUGAAGUGCAGUUUUUUUUUUAGAUUAUAGUUUUUUAUGUAUUGCUCAUGAUUGCCAUUUCAGUAUUUUGGAUCUGUUUUAUGACAGGUUUACAUUGAAGUUAUUUUAUAUUUCACCGCACCUUGCUAUGUUUGUUUGAAAUUGCUUUUCAAAAUCAUUUUUAUAAGAUUUUUUUUCUACAAGACAUGUAUUUGUUACACCUACGUCACAGUUACAUCAUGGCAUGUUUGAUUUGUUUGUGUAUAUUUGCAAAGAUUUCGGAUCAGAUCCAAUGCUGUUUGUUGAAAGAUGGUAUAAUAAUAAUAAACAGAUUUUGCACAUCUCA